CAUCUCUCAUUUAUUUGUUUAUGUAUUUAUGUAUUUAUUCAUUCAUUCAUUCAAACUCACUCCUCAUUCUACUCGUAUUCUACUUCUUCUUUCGUCGUCGUCCUCCUCCUCCUCGAAGAAGUGGAUUCUUUACCCUUAACGGACCAACACCUUCGUGGCAGAGAGAGAGAGCGAGAGAAAGCCCACCCGUCGGGACGAGGCCCACGCCUCUUGUUUUGCGUCUCGUUCUCGUUACGGGAUCCGUUAUACCAAACCCUACGCCUGGUUUCCGGUACUCUUUCUUUAGGGUUUUGGGUUUCGAAGGAUUUUUGUGCUUAGUGAGCACAGAAGUUGGGGUGGGUUGUGGGUUGGUUGGUGCAGCUUGUUGUCACCAGGGUUUUAGAGUGUGUUUGACGCCAGGCGGAGAGUUUCCAAUGGAGGAGGAGCAUGAAGUUUACGGUGGUGAUAUACCCGACGAAGUGGAGGGGGAGCUUGAGGUUGACUCGGAUGGAGAUGGGGAGGACCUGCUCCUUAAGGGGGAAGAUGUUGGCACCGACGAGGUUGCUUCGAAGGAGCUAGAGGAGAUGAAGAAACGCUUGAAGGAGAUGGAAGAAGAAGCUGCUGCUCUGCGCGACAUGCAGGCUAAAGUCGAGAAGGAGAUGGGCGGUAGUCAAGAUUCAGCACUCACAAAUGGAGAUCAAGCGAACCGAGAGGAGGCUGAUGCGCGUUCAGUUUUUGUUGGGAAUGUUGAUUAUGCCUGCACUCCAGAAGAAGUACAACAGCAUUUUCAGUCGUGUGGUACAGUUAAUCGUGUCACAAUUUUGACUGACAAGUUUGGAUCACCCAAAGGGUAUGCGUACGUUGAAUUUUUGGAGGUCGAAGCAGUUCAAAACGCUAUACUUCUUAGUGAAUCUGAGUUGCAUAAUCGUCCAAUUAAGGUUACAGCGAAGAGGACAAAUGUGCCCGGAAUGAAGGGCUAUCGGGGUCGACCUUACGCCCCUUAUUAUGGGUACCGCCCACGGAGGCCCUUUUCAGCUCCCUAUGGGAAAGUGCCCAGGUUUAGGAGGCCAAUGCGUUACAGACCUUAUUACUAGGCAUUUUGUGCUUUUGGAACAUUUUAUUCUGGCUGUACGAUGGCCCAUCCAUAUGAAGGUUAGAAAUGAAUUUGAGUGGCCUGCUGCCUUCGUUGGUACUCAUGACAUCGAAUUAUAGGAUGCGUUCUCUCUCUCUCUCUCUCUCUCUCUCUCUUAGAACGGGUUGAGUCGGAAGAAGAGCUGCGCCUGAAAGGAUGGGGGCUUGAUGCAUGGUUGAAUUUCAAAUGUGUUGGAUUCAGUUUACUCUGGAGAUGGAUUGGUCCUUUAGGCUAUCUGGUGAAGCAUGUGGAUGUUGUUCUAUAAUGUAUGAACUCUUGAUUGUGAAAAGGAAUAUUAGGUCUGCAAAUUGAA